CUUCGCAUUGCAGUCUUUAGAAGAAUAGGUUUUCUCAACAUUAUCAUUAUUAUCAUAGUUCAUACUUCAUAGUCAUUGUCAUUGUCAAAGUAUUAAUCAUAGUCUAUUAGUUACUUUUAGUAGUAUUAAUAAUAGUCUGGGUAGGCAUAGACCUAGAAUUUAGAAUUGAUUCAAUAUAGACAAUAUAGUAAAUUAAGUAAAGACUAUAGUAUAAGGGUCUCAAGCUUGCAAUUUGCGGCCCGCAAGACGAUAUUUUGUGGCCCGCUACAUGACAGCAAAGUUUAGUGUUAAUGCAGCUCGGGCAUUUUCCCCAUUCAGGCCAUUCUCAUAUCUUUAUACUUUAUAAUGAUCUCCGCCACGGUUUCAAGUUUCAGUCACAUCUCACCAACUAGUCUAAUUCUGGUUUUUAUUUUUAUGUUUGUAUAUAUUUGGAAGUUGAUUAUAAUUGUAAAAAACAUUUUAAAAUCAGACCAAAAGUUUAAAAGUUAUUAUGUUAUAGUAUAGCCUAACUAUAGCAUUUUAUGAGAAAAGCUUGGCCAAAGUGUGGUUUGGAGAAAAGUUAAAAAGUCAAUUAGAGGGUAAUGCACAACGAUAAUUGUGUAAAUCGUAGCAAUCUGACUCUGACAUGGUAUCAGAGAAUCCCUAUUAAAAUUGCUGCUAGCGUUUUCAAGUGAGGGAAAUUCCGAGCCUGUCAGCAUGGUCAUUUUCAAAAUAGGGUUAGUCAAAAAGGCCUUUUCUACGAUAAAAAAUCAAAAUGCAUUCUCCCUAUUAUAGCAUCUUCCUUCGCAUCAAUAAUUCAUAAAUAUUGCCUGCUUCUGCCUACUGUUAGAACAUGUUUUAACAUUUCAAGCUUUCAUGGUGGUUGUUCCUGUGCUAAUGGCUCAUGGACUUGACUUUUAUGUUGACAUUACAUAGGAAUUGAAUGUACUCACCAUUCAGUAGUAGCUUGGUAGUAAUUUACUGAUGCCAUUGCAAAGUUACAGGAAGAAUUUGCAGGUUAACGUUUAUGAAAUCCAUAUAUACUAUAGCCAUUCAUCUGCUUCACCAACAACCACUUCCCAAGACAUAGAUACAAAAUUUUUUUAUUGAAGUAACUUUAACAUGUAGGCCUAAUUAUUUAUUUUCAACAUUUUUCUAAGUUUCAAAAUAAGAUUUUGUUUGUUUCUCACAUUACAAAAAAUCCAUGUUCCCAGUUUUGAUGCUAAAACAGUAUUAAAAAGUUCAAGUAACUCCUCAAAAUAGGACUCACCCAUAAAUAAUGUAACAUUAUUUUGGCUGAUUUUAUCCCCCCCCCCCCAUCUCACGAUUAGUGUCAAAAAGGCUCAUUACAAAUAUGUGGAUUUCUCUCCCAUGCCCUCUAGAUGUGUGAUGUCAUUUAUGAAUGUCUCCUAAUGUGAAAUAGUAAAGACACUUCUGCCUGAAGUCUUUAUUUAAAACUUUUUAUUUGAAUAUUAAAAAAUUAACAUAAACAUUAUCUUUCAAUUUAUUUUUGCAGAAUAAGCUUUAGUAUAAAAUGUGCUGGAGAGAAAGAAGUUGAUUCUAGAAAUGGGUGAUGAUCAUUUUUAAUCUGUCAGGGCAGCUUUUCAUUUACUGUGUGAGAACUGUGUCAUGUCAUCUCAACACAGAAUGUCUUUAAUGAGAGCUAUUCUUGGCAGGUAACAUUGGCAGUUGUAGAAACCAUUAUUAAUAAUGGAAAUGUUUAUGUGUUUCAAGUUGUCAAUAAUAAAAAAUCUAAUGUAAAAAGUUAAAUAAAGGGCAAAAAAUUUAGAAGUAAGAACAAAAUCACACGAAUAUCAACAAGAUCAUUUUAUUUUAUCUUCUUUAAUUCAGAUUUGGCCAAGUACAAUUAAAAAUAAGUGGAGGAUGUGGAAGAUUUGCCGCCCGGGUGCCAUGGAAGGCAACUUACAUUGUGUUUGGAUGUUUCAUCAUUACUCUGUACCUGAUGUUUACUGUUAUCAAUGACCGCUACAUUCAUAAUACUCCAUGGUAUGAACGACCUGCGCCUUGUCAGACACCCGAGUCUACAAUCAAGCAAAUGGUUGAUCUCACAUUUGUUAUGUCAGAUAUGCUAACAAAGCUGGGCGUACAGCAUGCUGUUUGCUAUGGCACACUUUGGGGGCUGCUGAGAUAUGAAACUAUUUUACCAUGGGACAAUAAUGUUGAUGUAAGUCUUUUUCUCUUUAAUUUAUGGCAGUUAUUUUUUAACUAAUUCACUGUAGUGUAGUGAAAGGUGGUAAGAUAUGUCCUUAUAUCUAUAAAUAUAAAUUGAAAAAAAAAGUUUUUGUAGCAUUUUCAUCUACAAAGUAGGAUAGGACCUAUAACAAAUUCAAUAUUAAUAAAUAAAAUAAUAAAUUGCUUGAAAACUUCUCUUCAGCAAACCAGACAAUUUUCUUCAUUACUUGAAGUGUGUCCAGUGUCACAGAAUUUUAAAACACCUUUUUAAGAAAAAAAAGUUGGAUAACUGCUGCAGUAAUGAUUUUUUAGGAAAAUGAAAUUUUAAUUGCAGUGAAUGUCAUCAUAUAAAAAACAUUAUUGCCUAUAGAAGUACUCAUUGAAAUAUCAUAUUAUAAUUUAGUAAAAUCCUUGUCUGGGUGAGAUGAUGUUGGAUGGGGAAAUUACUAUUUUAUAAUGAAAAAUUAGAGCCCAGUUUACAGCCUUGAAAAAUUCUCACGUUUUAGUGCAAUCAUUCUAACUUAAAAAUUAGAGUUUUCAUAAAUUUAGUAAAGGAAAAUACUGAUAUAAUAUGUAUUACAAAAUAUAUGCCAUACUUAAUAAUUAUUAGGCCAAUAAUUUUUAAUUCUUUUAAAACGGUUCUUUGAAGGAGUAAUUAAGAAAUUAUUAAAAUUUAUGUUUAAAAAUUUCAGUUCUGUGUUUUAAAGUCUGAAAUUCAAAAAAUUCCAUGGAAAACUUUGAAAGAACAAUGCCUUGCAGAAGACAUAAACUUAACCUAUGACUAUCGUCAUGGUCAAUACAUUUUCACCAAAGGCCCAGCGGAGGUUAUCCUCAAUGUGUUUUACGUGACCCCAUUUGGUGAAGUUCUGGAAGACGGAUUUGAAAAUAGAUUCUUGUGGUUCUUCCAGGACAACCCUUUGUCAUUUCCUGCCAGGCUGAUGGAGGCACCAUUCAAGACACUUCCCUUCUAUGGUCGGCAGAUCCCUGUACCACACGAUGAUCUUGAAAUCCUUAAAUAUUUAUACAAAGAUAGCUGGUGGUUAGAGAAAGGACCGCCAGGUUGUAAAAUAGGAAGUGAUUUUGAAAAAUAACAUUUUAAAGAAAAUUAGUAUAAGAUGAAAUGGCAUCAGAACUACUGCAUUGUAUGUAUAGAAAAAAAGAAGAUUGCUGAAAUUAUCCAGAUCAAAUGUAAGGAGAAAGAUGAUAAAUUUGGUAUGUUUCAUAAUGAAAAGCUAAAGCGGGUCAAUAUGGUAUUUCAAAUAAUGUUUAUAGAUAUAUUUUUUUCAUUAAUGGCCAGAAAUAAAUGCAACUUAAUUUUGUAGAAAAAAAUUUAAAAAAAAAAAAAGAAUUAUUAUUAUUGUAAAAAUGUGUGAAUUUAUUUAGUAGUAGUAGUAUAUUUGGGUGAAGAUAUUAUGUCUUAAAAUUUGGCCUCUCUAGCAUUCCAUUAGCCACACUGGAAGAUUUUCAGCAUGAGUGUUGAAUAGUUUUUUUUAAUUUUAAUUAUUGCAUAAUUCACAGCCGAUUUUCUUCAUUUUUUUUAUGUAUGGUGCUUUUGUGUUUAAAUUAAAGGAUUGUUCAAAUGGUUUAUUUUUCACAGUCUCUUUUUGUAAAUAUUACAUGAGUAAAAGCCUGUAGAAUACCCUUAGUGUUCGUAAACAAAAUGUCACCUUUUAAAGCUUAUUUAUUUUUUUAGCAAUCACACAAACAAUCCAACAUUUUUUAUAACUUGACGAGCCCUAAUAAUUUUAGAAAAACGAAUUUUAUAAAAAUAUAAUCUAUGCAAGUUGAAUAAAAAUAAUGGUAAUGGAGCACAUGAUGAAAUCCAUUAUUGAUUUUUUUGUGUCUGAAAAGCUUUGGUUUAAUGAUCCAGUUGUUAUCUUAUGGCUGGUUUGGGGUAUUUAUGUGCAUUAAUUUUAUGUUUUAAACAGCUGGGCUGUUAAGAUAGUAUUUUAUCAGGAGGGCGAUUGAUUAUACAUCAAUCAUAGGUUCCUUUGUUUUAAAUACACCUCUGAUUGACAAUUAAUCAAGAGAAGAUGAGAUUGUAAGCCUCAAAAGAAGAGAAUUUGGGAUAAAUGUAAUCACUGCUGUGUUGGUAUUUUCUUUUUGAGGAUAUUGCUUUGGGGAUAACCUAAACCGAUGAGAUCAUACUCUAUGGGUUAUGGCCCCUAUGUUUGGGAAUAUGUUUUCUUCUUCUUCUUCUAUAUCUUAAGGGCCCACGAUCAAUUUAUUGAUCAUUUUGGCUCCAAUGCAUGUAGAUGUUUCUGUUCCUGGUGUUGAUGAGGAAAUUUCACUGAUUUCCAGUGCCACUUUGUGAGGGAAUCAUGCACUGGGGGUUUGAAGGCCUUAGGCAAUAGACACAAAUGUGUCUAGUGUUUUCGCCUCAACCGUUCCUUUUGAAAGAUUGUUCCAGUCCCUGAUUGUCUUCAUGAAGGCAAUCUCUGUCGGUAAUGGCUCUAAAUUUUUGAAUGUGUACACAAAGGCAUCCUCUGUCAGUUAUGUUGUAAGUUUUCCAAUGAGUGUCACUGGAUGACUAGAUGAUGUAUUUAUAUGAUUUUAACACACAAGAAUACAAUUUAAUAUUCAUGUUAUAUAUUAAUCAGGGUUUUCAAUGCAGGUUUAAUGGGCAAUGCCACAUUCCAUUAUUGAUUAUUGUAACUUUCCUUAAUAUGUCACUGUUUCUGUACAUUUGAAUAAAUUAUAUUCUAUAGUGACUGUAAGCGCCUUUACGUGUGCCAUACAUAAUCUGUGCCAUUUUGAAAAAAUGAACUUGAUAAACAAUCCUAAUUUGUAAUUAGUAAUUGAACAAGGCUGCUUUGCUUUUGACGUUAAACUUCUUGUUGUGAUUGUUAUGUUUGAUUAUGUAUUUCAGGGGAGGGCAAACUACGGCCGGCGGGUCACAUGCGGCACGGCAACUGUUGUAUGCUGCCCCGUGGGCAUUUAGAAAUUUAAAAAAUUACUUGGUUUUUAAGUUAUCUUGUUGAAUUUCACAGAAUUUCAUCUACCGUUUUGAUUGGUUUAACAUUUUUGAUUAAAAAAAUUUCCAAUUUUCUAUUUUUGUAAACAGUCCUUGACCUUCGUAAUGUAAUGCUAAUAUGGCAAAAUAUAUAUGCGGCCCUCCAAUAGCUUUUCAUUUGUCAAUGUGGCCCUAAGCACACAAAGUUUGCCCACCCCUGAUGUAUUUGACUAAAAAGAGCUCACCAAUUUUUUUCUUCGAAAUGUAAAGCCCAAAUAUUAGUGUCAAAAACUUUAAUAAUUUUUUCCAGUAUCCAAUUUUU